AUGAAGACGGUUUCUCUUUAUGCUUGUUUAUUACUCAACUUGAGUGUUUUGAUUAUUUUUCCUUAUAGCAAAGCUAAUCAAGCUGACAAACUUGAUGAGUUGAUUCUGUCUAGAAGCUCACAAAAUCCUCCUAAUCCUAAGACUUUUACUUGGGAAGAGGAAGAUACAUUGAAUACACAAUCAUCUUCUGCUUAUGUUAUACCUCAAUUGGGAGAACAGAAAGCUGAUAGGAUUGUCACAUUGCCUGGUCAGCCUUAUGGAGUGAAUUUUGAACACUACUCUGGCUAUGUCACUGUUGAUGCUGAGGCUGGAAGAGAACUUUUCUAUUAUUUUGUGGAAUCUCCAUAUAACCCUUCAACUAAACCUUUAAUACUGUGGCUCAAUGGAGGACCUGGUUGUUCCUCACUUGGAUAUGGAGCCUUUGAGGAGCUAGGACCUUUUAGAGUAAACUCUGAUGGCAAAACACUAUACCGUAACAAAUAUGCUUGGAAUGAAGUUGCAAAUAUACUCUUCUUGGAAUCUCCAGCAGGAGUAGGUUUUUCCCACUCAAACACAACUUCUGAUUAUGACAAGUCAGGAGAUAAGAGAACUGCCCAAGAUGCUUAUGUCUUCCUAAUCAACUGGCUGGAGAGAUUUCCACAGUACAAAACAAGAGAUUUUUAUAUAACUGGAGAGAGUUAUGCUGGUCAUUAUGUUCCUCAACUUGCAUCCACUAUUCUUCAAAACAACAUACACUAUAAACAAACCAUCAUUAACCUCAAAGGCAUUUCUAUAGGGAACGCUUGGAUUGAUGAUGCCACAAGUUUGAAGGGGGUAUUUGAUUACUUAUGGACUCAUGCUUUGAGCUCAGAUCAAACUCAUGAGUUGAUUGAGAAAUACUGUGAUUUCACUUCUGAAAAUGCUUCAGCAAUAUGUAUCAAAGCAACCAGAAAGGCCAUAAUUGAAAAAGGAGACAUAGACUUCUAUAACAUCUAUGCUCCAUUGUGUCAUGAGUCUUCCCUCAAAAAUAGUUCAACUGGUUAUGGUUAUGUAACGAAAGAUUUUGACCCUUGUUCUGAUUUGUAUGGUAAUGCCUAUCUAAAUAGACCAGAGGUUCAAAAGGCUCUCCAUGCAAAGCCUACAAAUUGGAGCCAUUGCAGUGAAGUUAUUCGUACCUGGAAUGACAGUCCAGUUACCAUCCUACCCACCAUCAAGUAUCUCAUUGAUAGUGGCAUUAAAUUAUGGAUAUACAGUGGUGAUACCGAUGCAGUAGUUCCAGUCACAUCUUCAAGAUAUUCGAUCAACACCCUCAAGCUUCCUAUUAACUCCGCAUGGCGUCCAUGGUAUUCUGGAAACGAGGUUGGAGGGUAUGUGGUGGGAUACAAAGGAUUGACAUUUGUUACAGUAAGAGGAGCAGGACAUCUUGUUCCAAGCUGGCAACCAGAACGAGCUUUGACUUUGAUUUCAUCAUUCAUCUAUGGAGUUCUGCCACCUGUUUCACCAUCAAAUUAACGAGUUCUAAUUUCUAAGUAUGAUCCAUGUUUCAAAUUUAAUUUCUUGAAAUGCACUUUGUGCGAAAUCUACUUGCUAGAUUGUAAUAAAAUAUUUAUAUUCAGUUGAUAAAAAAAAUUAUUUAUAUUCAA